AUGGAAGGUUAUAACAUUGAGUUAAUUGAGUCUAAGAAAUUCGAAAAUCUUGAUUUUGAUGCUUGGAGAAUGAACACUCUAAUAUUGGAUCUCCAAAGAUAAUUGCUUAUUCUUGGUUGCACAAAUUACAUACAAUUUAUUUCAAUCACAGGACUGAAAUUAGAACAACUAAAAUCCAUAUCAAUUGAGGAAAAUGAUAUGAUCAAUUAAAUAAAAUAAUAUGACCACCUCCUCUUUGUCAUCACCAUGAAUUCAUACAUUUAUAUUUAUGAUCUAGAUAAUAUUUUAAUCAAACCAAUCAAAUUGUAGGGUCUCUACGAAAAAAUCGCUGACUGUUCCAUUUGGAGCAUUGAUGUUUGCCAGUAAUAUUUGGCUGUAGGUUCAAAUUCUCACAUCAUCUCCUUGUGGUCCAAAAAACUACUUGGUUUCGAUAAACCCGAUCAUAAGUAUUGGGAAGACCGUGAAAUCAGACUCAAAUUCAAUAAGUAAGAUCUAAUGAGAUCGGACAUCGAAUUUCCAAUUAGAUAUAGCAUUCAAAAUCAUAAACACAAUAUACCAUGCGUAUCAUUCUCUCCUUGCUGUUAGUAUCUCGCUUCGGGAAGUAUCGAUGGAGGCUUAAGAAUUUAUUUGGUUGAAAAUGGGACACAAUUAUACUCUAUAAUCUUUUCAGAAUGGGUUUGGUGUAUAUCUUGGAUUUUAUUAAAUGAAUACACCAAAACGACUUCGAUAUUUGAAUUGGAUCAAUUACCCUAGUAUAAUAUAGUUGCAGGAUUCAAGGAUUCAAUUAAAAUAUGUUAAGUCAUAAAUAAGGAAUUUAAAGUUAUUGAUAAUAACUUUUAUCAAAAUCGCUCCUCAUUUGGACAAAGAUUUCAAAGGCUCUCAUAUUUAUAAGAUUUGAAUCUGCUUUUAGCAUUUCCAUAACAUGAUAGGCAAUUUUGUUUAAUGGAAUUAUACAAUUUGGAUAGAAUUUUCAAGGACCAAGAUAUUAUCAUUAAAUUAACUCAAGAAAACUUAAUCUCAGCAGAUAUCUAAUAAAUUUAGGGUAGUUACGAUGCUGUAAUAGCAGUUUUAACCUGGCAAAAAUAUAUUAAGCUUUACAGAAUUAAAGUAUGA